AUGGCAUCAGCUGGGCCAGAACCUGCAUUUCCAAUCGAUUUGAGUUUGGCUGAAAAUGCGAUUUUCGAUCUUGUCUCAACAUCAGAUCUAUCAAAGUUGACCAGCGCAAAUGUUCGAGUUCAUUUGAAGGAGAAAUUCGGCGUGGAUUUUGAGGGUUUUAAGAAGAAGAUUAAUGAAAUGACGAGGGAAUCGAUUGAGAAAAAUCAGAAGAAGAAUAAGAAAACACCGAAAAAAGAGGCGGAAUCGGGUUCGGAUUCGGAUUCUGAGAAUGAAAAUGAAAAUGAGAAUGAGGAAGAGGAAAAAGUUGUUGUGAAACAGGAAAAUGGAGAGACUUCUUCUAAAGCUGGGUAAGGCUAUUGGUUUUUGAUCCGCUGAUCAUGCUCUCAUUGUCUAAAACCAUUUAUCUCAACUCUAAACAUGAGUUAUGACGUGGCAAACUUCACAAAAUCGCAUAAGGCUGUUCAGAAAUGUUGAUUUGGUUUUUUCAAUUUCGUACAGUUUCACCCAAGUGGAUUUUUGCUGAAAUUUACGAAUUUCAAUAUGCCGAAAACGAUUCUGAAGUCAAAAAAGCACCAAAGAAUCGUUUUCAGCAUAUUGGAAUUGGUAAAUUUCAGCAAAAAUCCACUUGGGUGGAACUGUACGAAGUUUGAAAAAACCAAAUCGACACUUCUGAACAUCUUUAUGCAAUUUUGUGGAUUUGGAUGAAGUUUGCCACGUCAUAAUUCAUGUUAAGGCAAUUUUUGACCCGCUGAUCAUGUUCCCCUUGUUAAAAACCAUUUAUCUCAACUCUAAACAUGAGUUAUGACGUGGCAAACUUCAUCCAAAUCUACAAAAUUGCAUAAAGUUGUUCAGAAAUGUCGAUUUGGUUUUUUCAAUUUCGUACAGUUACACCUAAGUGGAUUUUUGCUGAAAUUUACGAAUUUCAAUAUGCCGAAAACGAUUCUUUGCUGCUUUUUUGACCACAGAAUUGUUUUGACUACGCUUAAAACGAUUCUGAAGUCAAAAAUGCACCAAAAAAUCGUUUUCAGCAUAUUGGAAUUGGUAAAUUUCAGCAAAAAUCCAUUUGGGUGGAACUGUACGAAAUUGAAAAAAACCAAAUCGACACUUCUGAACAAAUUUAUGCAAUUUUUUAGAUUUCGAGGAACUUUGCCACGUCAUAAGUCAUUUUUAGAGUUGAGACAAGUGGUUUUUAACAAUGGGAUCAUGAUCAGCGAGUCAAAAUCAAUCAAUAUUUUCAGUGCAUCAUCGGAUUCGGAUUCAGACGAUGGAGUAAUCGAUUCGGGUCGAAAAUUGAAAGGCAAAAAAGCGUCGAAAAAAGCGGAUUCUUCGGAAUUCGAUGAUAUCGCCUCAAACAUCAAAACCACACGAAGAGCCGCCGCCUCAAAAGCCAGUCAAGAGAUCAAGAAAAAUGCGCGAUUCGAAAGCAGUUCGAAGAAGCGGAAAGCGGAAGAAAAAGAGGGCGAGGAGAAGAUUGCGGGAAAAGUUGGACCGAAAACACAGUUGGCUUAUUGUUCGGAACAAUUGCAGGAGAUUACGGGAAAAGCUUAUAUGAAACGUUGUGAUGUGAGAGAUUUUUGGGGGAAUUUUUGGAAGAAGGAUGUUGAAAAUUGAAAAUCCGUGUAGUUCUCGAGGACAACCGAUAAUUUUGAGAGUUUUAGGCGGGAAAUUGAAAUUUUUGAGUGUAGUUCUCGAGGACAACUCAAAUUCCUAGAUUUUUGAAUUUGUGUAGUUCUCGAGGACAAGAUUAGCUGAUUUUUGCCGCUAAACCUAAAAAUUUGAAUUUUUAUCUUGUGUAGUUCUCGAGGACAAUUCAAAUUUCUAGAUUUUUGAAUUCGUGUACUUCUCGAGGACAAGAUGAGCCUAUUUUUAGCGCUAAACCUGAAAAUUUUGAAUUUUCUGAGGUUUUGUAGUUCUCGAGGACAAGAUGAGCUGAUUUUAAUGCCAGAACUGAAAAUUUCAGAGAUUUUGUAGUUUUCGAGGACAAAACGAGACUAUUUUCGCCGCUAAACCUGAAAAUUUGAAAUUUCUGAAUUUUUGUAGUUCUCGAGGACAAGAGUAGCUGAUUUUUGCCGCUAAACCUAAAAAUUUGAAUUUUUAUCUUCUGUAGUUCUCGAGGAAAAUUCAAAUUCUCAGAUUUUUCAAAAAACCUUUGUAGUUCUCGAGGAGAAGUUUCAUCCGCCAAGACUAGAAAAUUUGAAUUUUUGACAUUGUGUAGUCCUCGAGGACAACCUGAAAAAUUCCCGCCAAAAUUCAAAUUUUCUUCCAGAUUGUCAAAUGUCUUUGGGACUACAUCAAAUUGCACAAUUUGCAAGAUCCGAAAAACAAGAAACGCGUCAAAUGCAAUGAACAAUUGGAAGCACUUUUCAAAAAACCGAGUGUUCAAGCUUUUGGGUGAGUGUUUUCCGCCACCUUCCGCAACGUUCCGCACACGCGGAAGCUCGCGGUAGAUCCCGAAAAUGAAUAAUUUCAGUAUGAUGAAAUAUUUGAACAAACACAUCAUGUCGCCACGUGACAUCGGACCAGAAUAUGAAAAAGAAGCGCAAGAAGUGUUGGCUGAAAUGAUUGUAGAUUAUAGAAGAAGAGUUGAAGAGGCGAAAUAUAAUGGGAAAAGUGGAGAACCAGAGAUAAAGAAGGCGAAAGAGGAAGAGGAGGAUAGAGACGCAGAGGAGAAGUUGGUGAAAGAAGAAGAGGAGGAGGAAAGCGAUAGUGAUAGUGAUUAG